CUCCCACGCCGCAACUCCCGGGAGCGGAACUACUCUGCCUUCGGAGCUGAUGCUGCAGCUGAGCGAAAUCCAGGGCGGCUGCUGCUUCCCUCUAAUGGCUCCCGAACGCGCUAGCAGCUCGGCGGGUGAGGUCACCUCCUUUCGCCGCGUCAGUCUCCUCCCGCAGGCGCCGCAGUGACAGCUGAGCCGGCGGUUCCUGGUCGCCCACUGCUUGGGCUUGAGCUUCUCUCUCGGCCGCCCGAGGUUGCGGGCGCUGCUCGUCGUGCCCAUCCCGGAGGAAAGGCGGGCUUGAGAGCUGCGGGAAAACGGCCGUCAUGGCGGAUGACUUCGGCUUCUUCUCCUCCUCGGAAAGCGGAGCAACCGAGGCCGCCGAAGAGGACCCGGCCGCUGCUUUCCUGGCUCAGCAGGAGAACGAGAUUGCGGGGAUCGAGAACGACGAAGGCAUCAGCUGCGCCGAAGGAGCCGCCAGGGGAAGCCAGGAGGCCGCCGGGGAGCCUCGGGUUAAUUUUGAAAACACAGGAGGAACUGCUGUGAACGGUGAUGUGUUUCAGGAACCCAAUGGACCUACAGAUGCCUAUGCAGCCAUUGCCAGAGCUGACCGAUUGACACAGGAGCCUGAAAGCAUUCGCAAAUGGCGAGAGGAACAGAAAAAGAGACUGCAGGAGCUGGAUGCAGCUUCAAAGGUAUUAGAACAGGAAUGGCGUGAAAAGGCUAAGAAAGACUUGGAAGAAUGGAACAUAAGGCAGAAUGAACAAAUGGAGAGGAACCAGGCGAAUAACAGGAUUGCUGACAAAGCCUUUUACCAGCAGCCAGAUGCAGAUGUGAUUGGCUAUGUAGCCUCAGAGGAAGCCUUCCUAAAGGAGUCCAAGGAAGAGACGACUGGCACUGAAUGGGAGAAAGUGGCCCAACUCUGCGACUUCAAUCCAAAGAGCAGCAAACAGUCCAAGGAUGUCUCACGCAUGCGUUCAGUGUUGAUCUCCCUCAAACAGAUCCCUCUGGCCCGCUAGCCUAGCUGAACGGAGGCUGGGGCUGGAGUCAGGGUGCUGGUGGCUCUUUGUGCCAGCCAGUUUAACAGCAACACUACCACAGGCUUAGAAGGCCACCAAAAUGGGGGAACAAACAAAAGCAUCCCACCCCUGUCUCUUUCUCUCUUCUCAGUAUGUUCCUGUCAGUUAGAUUGGGUGGCUGCCUGUAUCCCCCACCCUCCCUUGAAUUUACUUCGCUUAAAGGGUGCACUGAUAUCUUUUUACACAUAUUUAUUAAUGGUGUGGUCCUUGGGCAACUGCUCUCUUCCUUGCUGCCUUCAGGCAAGGUCACUUUCAGUAUUGGGUCAUUCAGUUUCCCACUCCCCCAGUGUUGCCGAUAUCUACUCCCCUCAAACCUGGCUGGUUUAAUUGGUUAAACAUUAUUCCCCUCUCUAGUCCAUUGUAUUCGACCGGGGGUAGGGUGAGUGCUAAAAUUGAGCUUAGGGCUGGGAACAAAAUUCUGGUCCCAGUUCUGUUGCUGUUCUUUUUUUUUAACCUGAGUGAUGAGCAUGAUUCUCCGAAAUGGCCAACAGUUAGAGGGUUGGGAUUCAGUUGUUUCCCACUUGUGCUGGACAUCGCAGGCACAGGCUGUUUGAAGAAAUCUCUUAAAAAAAGAGUCCUUCAAGAGCAAAUGUACAGAAGACAGAGUGAGAGUGAGAGAGAGAGAGAGAAUGGACAACUGAAGUAAUAAUAGAUGUGUGUAGUACAUUUUUAAUGACAAACCUGAAAAUGAGAUCUGUAUGAACCUGAAAACUACAAUCCAAGCUAAAACCACUGCACAAAGAAUUGCUUCCACUAAAGAGAAUGCUGUUUCUCUUUUUGAGAUAAUCUUUUGGCUUAGUUGAUAUCUAGGAAGAAUAUAUGAGCAGAUUCCUUCACUUUCAGUCCUCUCUUCAAAGGUUAUUCCAUAUUUGCUUAAGAAUACACUAAAUGUAUAGCUACAAUGUAGAGUUAAACUGGAUGUUAUUAAAAGGUACCUAAUUUGGAUCUUC